CAAUUCUGUGUGUCCCUGAGUAACAAUUCUGUGUCCCUAAGUAACGUUUCUGUGGCCCUAAGUAACGUUUCUGUGGCCCUAAGUAACGAUUCUGUGGCCCUAAGUAACGUUUCUGUGGCCCUAAGUAACGUUUCUGUGGCCCUCAGUAACAAAAUUCUGUGUCCCUCAGUAACAAUUCUGUGUCUGUCCCUAAGUAACAAUUCUGUGGCCCUAAGUAACGUUUCUGUGGCCCUAAGUAACGAU